CUUUAAGGGCCGUCCCCGAGGAGGUGCCAGGCCCUGGUGGCUCCGGACUCUCUUCUUCCUGGUCCUCCGGAGCUGGGACUGUCCGUGGGGUAGAGGGAGGGCGCAGUGCCCGGUGCCGGCCCAGGUGUCCCCGGCCUGGCCCAUGGCCCUGGUCACAGUAAGCCGCUCGCCCCCGGCCAGCGGCCAGUCCACGCCUGUGGGGCCCACGGACCAGGCUUUCAAGCGCAGAAGCCGGCUCCAGCGAAGGCAGAGCUUUGCAGUACUCCGUGGGGCUGUCCUGGGACUGCAGGAUGGAGAGGACAAUGGAGAUGCAGCCAAGGCCAGCCCUGAGCCAGUAGCGGAACCGCCGCACGAAGAGCAGCCCCACAGGGACCAGACAGAUGACGGACAUGUGCCCCAGAGUCCCAGGAAGCAGGAGCAGAGUCAGCACCUGCACCUCAUGGUGGAGCUGCUGAGGCCGCAGGAUGACAUCCGCCUGGCAGCGCAGCUGGAGGCAGCCCGGCCCCCUCGGCUCCGCUACCUGCUGGUAGUUUCCACAAGAGAACAUCUGAGCCAGGAGGAGACAGUCCUCCUGGGGGUGGAUUUCCCUGAUAGCAGCUCCCCGAGCUGCACCCUAGGCUUGGUCUUGCCUCUGUGGAGUGACACCCAGGUGUACCUAGAUGGAGAUGGGGCUUAUUUUGAAGCUCAAAUGAUGUGUACAUCUUCUGAGGACCAGCCUGUGAGGUGGCUAAUGAGUAGGCCUCUCAGGGAGUUGGGCUCCACACCCCACCUGCUCUCCCACAGGGGCUUCAGCGUGACGUCUGGCGGGCAGAGUCGGAUCUUCAAGCCGAUCUCCAUCCAGACCAUGUGGGCCACACUCCAGGUGUUGCACCAGGCAUGUGAGGCGGCUCUGGGCAGUGGUCUUGUGCCAGGGGGCAGUGCCCUCACCUGGGCCAGCUACUACCAGGACAGACUGAGCUCUGACCAGAGCUGCCUCAACGAGUGGAUGGCCAUGGCCGACCUGGAGUCUCUGCGGCCUCCUAGCGCCGAGCCCGGCCGCCCCUCAGAACAGGAGCAGAUGGAGCAGGCGAUCCGGGCUGAGCUGUGGGAGGUGUUGGACACCAGUGACCUGGAGAGCAUCACUUCCAAAGAGAUCCGCCAGGCCCUGGAGCUGCGCCUGGGAUGCCCUCUCCAGCAGUACCGCGACUUCAUUGACAACCAGAUGCUGCUGCUCAUGGCCCAGCAAGACCGGGCAUCCCGCAUCUUCCCCCACCUCUACCUGGGCUCAGAGUGGAAUGCAGCGAACCUGGAGGAGCUGCAGAGAAACAGGGUGAGCCACAUCUUGAACAUGGCUCGAGAGAUUGACAACUUCUACCCCGAGCGCUUCACAUAUCACAACGUGCGCCUCUGGGACGAGGAGUCAGCCCAGCUGCUGCCCCACUGGAAGGAGACGCACCGCUUCGUGGAGGCUGCAAGAGCACAGGGCACCCGCGUGCUGGUCCACUGCAAGAUGGGCGUCAGCCGCUCGGCUGCCACGGUGAUAGCUUACGCCAUGAAGCAGUAUGGCUGGAGCCUGGAGCAGGCCCUGCACCACGUGCAGGAGCUCCGGCCCAUCGUCCGCCCCAACCCUGGCUUCCUGCGCCAGCUGCAGACCUACCAGGGCAUCCUGACUGCUAGCCGGCAGAGCCAUGUCUGGGAGCAGAAAGUGGGUGGGGCCUCCCCAGAGGAGCCCCUGGCCCCCGAGGUCUCUACACCAUUCCCACCUCUUCCACCAGAACCAGGAGACAGUGGGGAGGUGAAGGUUGGAAGGCUGGAGGAGAGCCAGGCAGCCUCAAAAGAAGAGCCUGGGCCACGGCCACGUAUCAACCUCCGUGGGAUCAUGAGGUCCAUCAGCCUUCUGGAGCCCUCCUCGGAGACAGAAAGCACCUCAGAGGCUGAUGACCUCCCAGAGGUUUUCUCUUCAAAAGAGUCUUCAGAUGAAGACUCUCCACAGCCCUUCCCUCAGCUCUCAAUGGCCAAGAGGGGCAAGCAGGCCUGCUGGGGGCCUUGGCCUGCCCUGAAGUCCCGCCAGUCUGUGGUUGCCCUCAACAGCGCCGCCCUGGUGGCCAGCCGGACCAGGGCCUUCCAGGAGCAGGGGGAGGCUGGCUGUUCCUCCAAACCCAGGCUCCAGAAGGUUGGGAGGCAGGCCAGCGUGGAUAGCAGUGGGGAGGAGGGCGAGGCCUGAGCCCUCACACGUGCCCAUGUUCCCCUAGACACAAAUAGAGGUGCCUGAACACAGCUCCUGGGACGAGCACUCAAUCCUGUCAACCUGUCUACAAUCCUCUUCCUCUUAGUUCCUCCCCAGAAGGCCCCAGACUCCCACCACUUCAGCCUCAGCCCCUCAGCCUUAAGUCUCAGACCCACGUCCACCUGUCCAAGGGCUCAAGAUUUUCUCUAUAUUUGGGGAUAUGGUAGACAGACUGAAGGUGCCUUUGGGGUCACAGUACCCUAGCUUUAUUCUCAGCUGCUGCCUGAAACACUCACUUGCAGCCACGGAAUAAAAAAACAGUUUCCCAGGGCAGAAAGGCUCAUGCUCCCUCCCUCACCCAGUCCUGUCUGCCUCAUGUCACCUACCCCCCAAUUCAUUCCUGGGGCCUGCUAGGCCAGAGAACCAGUGGCCCCCAAAGGCCCAGGAGGUUGUGAAGAGCCUGAAGCCAGACCCUUCUGAUGGAGCUGGCAGUCCGGCCUCCCUUGAACACCCCAGAACCAGGCUGAGUCCUUCGCUGCUGCUCCAGCACCACCAGCAGCACUGCACUGGGUCACAGGGCACUACGCCAAAGAGAAUCUUCUGUUUGUGCUUCAUGGCCUCUGGCCAGUUUUUCAUAGUCUUAAUAAUAUCUGGCUUUUUACUUAGAAAUAAAAAACAUUUUCACAUUA